CAUGAAUCUGUUACCAGUACUACUUUGGACCGUUCUGGGCAUUGCGGUCCAAGCGACCAACUACUGCGAUCGAAAGUUGUGCCGCGGCAAAGGGCGCCACAUUGCCUGCAACGGCCUAACCCAGCUGGCACCGAGCUGUGGAGCGUCAGCGCGCGAAAUCCCGCUGGACUCCCACAAGCAGGCCAUGAUCUUGGCCCUGCACAACACCUUCCGCAGCCGUGUUGCUAGUGGACGAGUCACUUCUUCCAGCAAUGGGCGACUCCCGCCGGCUGCAAGGAUGGCAACCAUGCAAUGGGAUGCGGAACUGGCCAGCGUUGCGGCGGCCAACGCUCGGCGCUGUAAGUUGGAGUACGACACGUGCCGAAGUACCGAUCGGUUCCCGCUGGCCGGGCAGAACAUUGCGCUGAUCGGAAACUUUGGCCGGGCGAGAACCGAUGCCGAACUGGUGAUGUUGGUCAUCUCGGACUGGUUCGCCGAGUAUGAGGACGUCGAGAUGGGACAGCUGGAGAGCUAUAAUGUGCAGAAGGGAGGACCGAGAGUUGGCCAUUUUACGCAGAUUGCGGCGGACAGGGCAACUCACGUGGGAUGCUCGUUGGUUAGCUUCCAGCAGGCGUUCACGACCCAGUGGUUGUUUGUUUGCAACUAUGCUAUCACUAAUAUACGGGAGGAGCCGGUUUAUGUGGGUGGAGCUGCGUGCUCCGGAUGCAUGACCGGAUGCAACGAGAAUUAUCCCGGACUAUGCAACGUGGAGGAGGGCAUCGAGCCAAAGUAUUGGGAUUGAUUAAUUAU